AUGGGUUUGGACGGCGAUAGCAAGAUUCCGCACCAAGCGAGUGCUGAUGCCAAUGAUACUCACCAGCGCGCAGGCGGCCGCGAUGAGCCUGUCCAGUACGAUGUUGAUCGAAUCGAAAAAGUUUACAAGAAACUUGACUUGAGAAUCAUACCAGCUUUCUGGAUCUUGUAUUUUCUAUGCUCGGCCAUCCGAUCCAACAUUGGUCUUGCUCAGACAAUGAACGCCGCGGCAGGCCACGAUUUGAUGCAAGUGCUGAACUUGACCUCCAAAGAUGUCUCCACUGCGUUGGCUCUAUUCUAUGUCUCUUAUGUCAUCUUCGAUAUGCCUUCGAACUUGAUCAUGAGCAAGCUCGGCCCCCGAGCUUGGAUGGCCCGCAUUGUGUUCGCUGUUGGCGUCAUUGGUAUGUGCUUCGCUGCAGUAAAGUCUGCUUGGAGUGUGAAGUUCCUGCGAUUUAUUCUUGGUGUUGUUAUUGCAGGCAUGUGGCCAGGUAUGUCAUAUUACCUGACGCUGUUUUACCCACCAUCGCGUACCGGGAAGCGUAUUGGACAGUACUACACUGCAGCUCAAGUAUCUGCCGCGGUGGUUGGUCUUGUGUCGGCCGGCUUCCAGCUCAUGGAUGGCGUUGGAGGUUUGGUAGGAUUUCAGUGGAUGUUCCUGCUAUAUGGCGCGUGUGCCACAGUACUUGGAGUUAUUCUACUCUGGUGGUUGCCUGAUCGCCCGCUGCCCCCGGGAGAAACCCGUGUCCGCAAAGGCAUCUUCAAAUGGCUUCCUAAGCCUCCUGAGGCACUCACCGGGGAGGAUGCCAUCAUUCACUACCAGGAUCUCAAGCGUGUAUAUCAUCCUAGACCUUGGACUUUGAAAGACCUUGGCUAUGUCCUCAUCGACUGGCGGCUUUGGCCAUUGACCAUGAUGUACUUUGGUGUCGUCGGCGUGGGUAUUGGCACCCAGCUAUAUGGCACUGUCAUCAUUCAGGGUAUCGACGCGAGCUUCACCGGCGUUCAGCUAAGCUUGUUGUUUGCGCCCAUCUGGAUAAUGGACCUUAUUGCUAUUCUCAUUGUUACUCCCAUUGCCGACCGAUUUCACCAGCUACGCCCUUUCUUCUUUUCUGCCGCAGUGUGCAUUCAGAUUGCAGGGCUUCUCGUAGUCACAUUUGCCCCCACGAGCAACCCAUGGGCUAGAUACGGCGGGCUGCUAAUGGUUGGCUUCGGACUUGGCCCUACUGUUCCCACUUGCAUGGUAUGGACCAACGAGAUCUUCCAGCAACGUCAUGGUGAAGUCGGAGUUGCGGCUGCUUCAGCUCUCGUCUCCGGCCUAGGCAACCUCGGAAGUAUCACGACGACCUACGCUUUGUACACCGGAUGGCCCGAAGACGCGGUAAAGGGUCCUCGCCAAUACCGUAAAAGUAACCUCACUAUGAUCGGCAUCCUGUGCAUCAGCAUUGCCAGCAGUCUUGUUAUGUUCGCUGCCGUGAGGCUUGUUGGUAACAAACCCAGUCGCAAGAUCAACAGCAGCGGCAGCUCGACAAAUGACAGUGCUGAUGAGUACCAAGACGGUGCUGCUCGUCGAGAGGUCCAGCAGCGCGGGUUCGGACGUAUGUGGUGGAGCAAGAGGGCCUAG